AUGGAGAGCUUCUCAAUUAGGCAAAUCUGCAAAGCUAUGCAAGGUAACUUCGAGAAGGUGACAUGGAGGAAGCUAGUAUGCAACAAUCAGGGAAUGCCUAAAUGGAUUUUCAUCUUGCGACUAGCAUUGCAUAACAGGCUAUCCACAAAAGAAAGGUUAGCCAAAUGGGGCAUCAUUCCAGAUCAGAUAUGUUUCCUAUGUGAGAAGGAGAAUGAAACAUUGCAGCAUCUUUUCUUUGAAUGUGAAGUAUUUGGAAGUAUAUGGCAACAAUUGUUUUACUGGCAAGGAAUACAGAGACUGAAGAAACCUUGGCAUGAAGAGCUACAAUGGAUAGAACAAUUUGGUAAAGGCAAGAGUUGA